AUGGCUUCACAAUAUGAGUUCCUUGCAAUUAUUAAAGAGGAAGUAAUUUGUGAAUUCUGUGAUAUUAUGCGAUGUCUUUGCGACUCUAGCGACAUUAUUAUAGUAACAAAAGAAGAUCAUAUGUGUUUGUCAGGAACCGAUAUAGCAGGCUGGCAACAUCCUAUUAUUAAGUUGAAAGCACGAAUGUUUUCGACAUAUCACGCAUCAUAUGAGAAUAUUUAUAAACUUUUUUCACCUGGAAUAAAACCGAUUUUUAAGAGUUUCACUAAAGUCGCAAAAUUGAUGUUCUAUGUCAAACCGAAUUCAGAUCGCAUAGUAUUCGAAAUUGGGGAUCAAACUGCUGAUGUUAUGAGGUUUUCACGAAGUUAUACUAACCUCGCGAAUUUCGAUCUUGUGGUUUCAAACAUUGAUCCUAAGGAUUGCAAAAACAAAUGGACUAUCAUACCAUCGAUCAUGAAAGAAUGGUUGAAUGAAUUAGGUCGAACGGUGAACGAGAUCACAUUUCAUCAUAUAAAAAAUGAAGGAAUUCAUAUAAGAGCAGUUGAUGAAAUGAAAGUAGAUGAAGAUGGAGUCGGACAAUCGGUGCUCUCAAAUUUCUUCGUUAGUAAGGAUACAUUUCAAGAAUACGAAAUUGACAAAGCAUGGAGUUUAACGCUUUUUAUUCAACAUUUAAGAAAAAUCUGCAAUCUAGCAUAUUCUAUGAACAGUUACCUUAAAGUACAUUUCAGUACUGAGGCAGACGAAAUGAUAAAGAAAUCAAAUCUAUUUCGGAUGCAAAUGCUUUUUAGUUCAGAAGAGGAAUAUUUUAAAAUGGAAGCAUUGAUGUUUGGUAGUCUAGCUGGUUCGACAAAUCCAAGUAAUGUAAGAAUUCCGCAAGCAACAAUGGAUGUUUUGGAGAGGAAUGAAAAUCCAGAAGAUACAUUACACAUCGCUGAGGGUGGAAUGAUUUCUAUAGAAGAGCACAGAAUGUUAUUACAAUGA